AUGGCGAAUGAAAUUCUCAGUAAAAUCUGUUCAGGAUUACCAUUAAAUCCUUUACCACCACGGAAAAAUGUUCGAAACGUAAAUGUACCACAUGCUCCCGAUAUACAAUCUUCAUUAACAAACAAAGAACGAAAGUUAGCUAUUAAAAAUGCACUGCGUUAUUUUCCAUCGCAUAUUCAAGGACAACUCAUCGAUGAGUUCAUCUAUGAACUGGAUACCUAUGGUCAUAUUUAUAUGUAUCGAUUUCAACCAGAUAUUGAAAUGCGUGCAUAUCCAAUUGAUGAAUAUCCAUGCAAAUGUAAAGCAGCUGCAGCUAUUAUGCUGAUGAUAAUGAAUAAUUUGGAUAGAAGAGUUGCCCAAUUUCCCGAUGAAUUAGUUACAUACGGUGGCAAUGGUCAAGCAUUUUCUAAUUGGGCUCAAUUUGUAUUGGUCAUGCAUUAUUUGAGCACAAUGACGGAUGACCAAGUUCUCGUCAUGUAUUCGGGACAUCCGAUGGGUUUAUUUCCAAGUCGAAGUGAUUUUUCACCACGUUUAGUUAUCACAAACGGUUUGGUGGUUCCAAACUACUCAUCAACGAAUGACUAUGAUCGAAUGUUUGCACUUGGUUGUACCAUGUACGGUCAGAUGACCGCUGGAUCUUAUUGUUAUAUUGGCCCGCAGGGCAUUGUCCAUGGGACAUUUCUUACAAUUAUGAAUGCAGCUCAAAAGAAGUUUAAUACAAAUGAUCUUCGCGGAAAAGUAUUUGUUUCAUCAGGCUUGGGGGGAAUGUCUGGUGCUCAACCAAAAGCAUGCCAACUCCUUGGUUGUGUUGGUGUUAUUGCUGAAGUAAGCGAAGAAGCAGCAAGAAAACGUUAUAAUCAAGGUUGGUGUCAAGAGUUAAUCUAUGAUCUCAAUCAAUUGAUUGUUCGCAUUCGGGAGUGUCGGGAAAAGAAAUUGGCAACAUCCAUUGGUUAUGUUGGUAAUGCAGUUGAUCUUUGGGAACGUCUAGCAAAAGAAAAAGAUACACUAGUGGAUCUUGGUAGUGAUCAAACAUCGUGUCAUAAUCCAUAUCAAGGCGGUUAUUAUCCAGUCCAGUUGUCCUAUGAUGAUGCUCGACAACUUAUGAAAAAUGAUCCAAACAAAUUCAAAGAACUUGUUCAUGAAAGUAUUCGACGGCAAAUAGCUGCUAUCGAUAUAUUAUAUGAACGUGGAAUGUAUUUUUUUGAUUAUGGUAAUGCAUUUUUACUCACAGCUAAAAAUGCAGGUGCUCCGAUUGGUAACAGUGAUGAAAAGCAUGUUAUUCGUUUUAAAUAUCCGUCCUAUGUGCAAGAUAUUAUGGGUGAUAUAUUUUCAUUGGGUUUUGGACCAUUUAGAUGGGUAUGCGCAUCGGGAUUAGCCAGUGAUUUAAAAGAGACGGAUAAAAUCGCCGGAGAUAUUAUUAAAGAGCAAAUGUCAUGUAAAGAUAUUCCCGCCAAUGUCUUUAAACAGUAUUAUAACAAUUUGAAAUGGAUAGAAGAAGCUGAAGAGGCAAAAUUAGUUGUUGGCUCUCAAGCACGAAUUUUAUAUUCGGAUCAAAUGGGUAGAAUUAAAAUUGGAUUAGCAUUUAAUCAAGCUGUACGAACAGGUCGAUUGAAAGGACCAGUUAUUCUAUCAAGAGAUCAUCAUGACGUAUCAGGCACAGAUGCACCUUUUCGCGAAACAGCAAAUAUCGACGAUGGAUCUGCAUUUUGUGCAGAUAUGUCGAUGCAAAAUGUUAUUGGCGAUUCUUUUCGUGGUGCAACAUGGGUUGCAUUACAUAAUGGUGGCGGUACAGGCUUUGGUCAAGCAAUUAAUGGUGGCUUCGGAAUGUUUCUUGAUGGAAGUACAAAAGCUGAUGAAAAUAUUCAACAAAUGUUGUAUUGGGAUGUCAUCAAUGGUGUUAGUCGUCGAUCAUGGUCUGGCAAUAGUAAUGCUCGACAAACUGUAGAACGAGCUAUGGCUGACGAGCCAAAACUUAAAGUGACACUGCCAAACGACUUAUCAGAGGAAUGCAUAAAAAAAUUAUCCUUAUAA